AUAGCUUUAGUGAGCCGUGUGUGAGCGGCAGGAGGACAGCAGUCGGCGCUGGAUCAGUGUGAACACAGCCUCGCUUAUUAAAGAACGUAGAGCAUCUGUUCUACGGCCCAUCCGCUUCACACAGGAGACAAUAGACAGUGAAAUAUAAGGGGAGAGGAGAGGAGAGGAGGGAGGAGGUGCUCUUGGCUGCUGUGACCCCCUCCCCUCCUCCUUCUCUCGCUCCUUCUCCUCCCUCCAUUCCUCCCAGUCUAAAGGCUCGUCAAGCGGAGAAAUAAACAGAAGCGAGCGCAGAGAAGAGAAGACAUUCCUCCCUCCCCUCCCCCCUUGCUAUCUGCCCAUCUUCAUCCCUUUCUUUCAUGGAGAGGAAUUACCCCGCUGCAGGCUUUGGAGAUCUAGGGGCUGGGACGGGAUGGAGUUACGACAGAUCGGCCAAAGCAAGCCUUGUGUAUGGGAGCUCCAGGUCAUCCCACCCAGACUCAGAGCUGCUCCACCGGCAAGCCUAUGGUACCCCUCACCCCCUCCAGGGCUAUGCAACCAACCACCACCCAGGAAGUUCCAGACAGGGUGGGGCCUGGGGUGCUGCGGGACGCACGCUGGGCCUGUCAGGGCUGUUUGAUGCCAGCCUUCACCAUCCCAGCCCCUCCGGUCCUGACCCCUCCGUCAUGAAUCUGAUUUCAGCUUUGGAGUCCCGAGGUCCACAGCCCCCACCCUCCGCUUCCUCUCUCCUCUCUCAGUUUCGCACUCCCUCUUGGCAGACUGCAAUGCAUACCCCAGCCCCAGCAGAGCUCUUUAUAUCAGGGGCACUUCCAGGUUCCAGUUCCUUCCCUUCCUCCUCAGCCCUUUCUGCAUACCAGCAUCCUGGCUCCUUCUCUGGACGAUCUUUCACUCCCUCACUAUCCCUGCAGGACCCGCCUACAUUUAGCCCAACUUCCAAUGGUUUGCUAUCCCCCCAUGAGCCCCUGCUACACAUCAAAACACCAUCCCAGUCCAGCUUGGGCUUUGAUCGCUUGCUGUCUUCCCAGAGUGCCACCUAUCGGAGCUCCCAGGAUCCCCUGGCCCCCCCUCAGACCCAAACGCCUUCCUCCUCCUCCAGUUGCCACCUGCCCGCUCCCCAGUUCAAUCUGUUGUCCUCCCAGCUCCACAACCAGUCCUCUCAGCUCUAUAAUGCCUCCAUGUUCUCUUCUACACCAGCCCUGCCACCCACUGCCCCCCCUGCAGUCCCCCCUUCCCAGGCUCCUCCAGAUAGGCCAGUUUCCCGCCAGGACAGUGUGAUAAAGCAUUACCAACGCUCGUCCCCAGCCCAGUCCACAGCACUCCCCCUACAUCAAUAUGUCAGCUGUGGCGGGUCAUCAGGCUACCAGCAGAUAGCUAGCCAUCACCGGCAUGCUGGAGUAUCCUGCAGUCCUCUGGAGGAGCAGAGCCCAUCCUCUGACCCCAAGCCCUCACCACGGAUGGAGUCCAAGACGUAUCGGCCUAUCAUCCAAACUCCCUACACAUCCUCGUCCUCCAGUUCCUCAGCCUCUUCCUCAUCUGGCACUAAGGGAGCCAAGAGUUCCAACUCUAGUAGUGGGUACUCCUCUUCGGGCUCAGUAUCAUCCUCUUCCCGUACCCCACACACUCCACCAUCAGCCUCUUCGGUUUCCUCUUCGUCUUCUUCUAGCUCCAAGGCAAGCAAUGGCUCCUUGUCUGCUCCCUCUCGUCAGCAGCCCCCACCUCAGUCAGCACCGGCACCACCCCCUCUACCAGUGGUGUCAUCCACCCUUAUUCAACAGCCAGCACCCAAACAAUGCCUCUCCAGCUAUGGCUCCCCUUCUGUGGUCAAAUCUAACACAGGUCUACCAGACCAGACCCCUCCCCAGCAACAUACCCAGUCCUGCUCUCCCAACCAGCCUCCACCUACACACAUGACUCCGUCUUAUGGAGGCUUUAACUCACCUCAUGCCCAGGAACUGAGCUCUGGAGCAGGGGGCAAUGGAGGCAAGUCCUUCACUGGUAUAGGCUCAGGAGGGCGAUCGUUUUCUGCUGAGAUAGUCUUUGGGGACUCAGGCUAUGGCUCAGCUUCUCUCAGAAGAGCAGGCAGUCCUUCCUUAGGUUAUGGGAGUGCUGGAGGAUCAACAGGAAGUGGACCAAUAUCAGGAAGUGCGGCACUUGGCAGUGGAGUUGGAUCUGCAGGAUCAGUGAGUGGGACUGCUAGUGUUGGUAAUGGAGGCAGCAACUCUUUCCACCUGCCUGAGUCUAGUCCAUCACCCUCCAUCAAUUCUACUAUCAGUCACCCUGGAUUGCACUCUCCUGCUUCUGCUCGCCCUGUACAGUCCCCUGGAGGCUCCAAAUACUUGUCCUCCAUCCUCUCUCCUGCUUUUAUGUCCUCACCACAAGGUUUCUCUGAUACAGGGCAAACACAGAGCCAGUCCUAUCACUCAACACCACCCAAGCUAAAAACAGAGACCAACAUGCUGGAAGUUGAGCGAUCCCAAGAUGAGGAAGAAGAUGAUGACGAUUUCCUCAUCCACCACUUACUACAUACGCAGAGUUCAACUCCUCAUGCAUCCCAGCAUCACCCACUUCCUCAACAACUACCCCAAACACUCCCACAGGCUAGGGAUGCGGAAGGCAAGGGGGUGACCUAUGACAUGAACAAGAUCUCAGAAGGGCGCUACCACCUUCAGAGUGUCAUUCGUACCAAUAACACCACUAGCAGUUCAGGUCCUGGAAGUGCAAUUGGUGAUGCAGCAAGUGGAAUAAACAGUCAGUUGGAAAUAUCUCAGAAGAAACAGCAACAGACCAAGUCAGAGCUGACCAUAUCAAAAUCAACUGCUGCAGGGGUAGGAGGGGUCCCUGACUCUUUUUCCCACUCCCAUACUACCCACUCCCAUCAACAACAGCAUGACUCCCUGGGCUCUGUGGUCCAUUAUGGAAGAGGGGACCCCUACACACAGCACUCACACUCACAACAUACCCAUCACACCUCACACGUAUCCUCUCACUCUCAGCAACACUCUCAGCACUCCCAAAUCUCGCAGCACUCUCGGCAUACUCAACACACACAGCACUCUCAACAUUCCCAGCAUAACCAUCCCCAUUCCCACUCACACAGCCACCCUCACAUGGAGCUGAAGAAACCUUCAGAUGCAAAUGACAAUGCCUACUUGUGUAACACGCCAGAUGUGCAGCAGGCUCGACAAAACCAGGUUCCCCUCUCUCUAAUGGAUUCACCACCAGCCCCCCCCCAGCAAACUCACAUGCUGCAGUCGGUUCUUUCUCAUACAACCCGCACCAAGAUGGACCCCCAACAAGCUCCGUCGCAGCAACAGCAGCAACAGCAGCAACAGCAGCAUCCUAUGAGCCAGCAGGCCAUGAUGGGUUCAGCCGGAGGAGCAGGACCUGCUGGGGUGGAAUCCCACCCACAGAACCAGUCCUCACAGUUGCAACUCCAGCUCCAAACCCAGGGUAUGGAUACCCACUACAGCCUUGGAGGUCAGUCAAGAGAUCAAACCAGAGCCGGUCAGAACUCAGUAUCUCCGCUAGAUAUGCUAGAACAAUCUCUUUCCCGGACAAACAGCAGAGACAGCGGAGGAGCUCUGGACAGAACUGGGGUUGGGGUGACUGUUACAGGAGGGGAAGGAGGUGGUGGAGACAGACAUAGACAGCAGCACAGGCUUACACCCCACCACCACCCCCAACAAACAGCCUCAGAUCUUCAUGACUUCCUUUCUGAACCAGAUUUGGGCUUGUCCGCCGCCUCACAUCUGCACCACCUCAACCAGCCUCACCCCCAUGCCCACCACUCACAGCAAGCACACACUCACCAUCAGCUGUCACACUCUCAGUUAGCUCACCCACACUCCCACCGGAUGGCAGCAAAUAUGGGAACUCCCCAACAACAGCAGCAGCCCCAACAAAGAGAGCCUGAAACUCAGCUGUCACACUCUCAGUUAGACCAGCUCAAACAGCACCAGUUUGACACAGUGAGUCCGGUAGGUAAGGUAGGACAAAAUCAAGCUCAGCAGCCUCAGCGGUUUGCACCUCUAACACCCAUCUGCUUUCCAGACUCUCUCCUACACGAUGAAGACCGGUCUUUCUUUCCUGAGAUGGAGGACAUGUUUUGUUCAGCUAAUUACAAGUCAAGCUGUGCUGGGGAUUCUGGGGCUGGCCAGUCUGCUCAAGACAGCCUUACCCAGGGUCAUGGGCAGGGGCAAGAAGGUAUGGAGGCCUUAAAAAAUGGAGGAGCUGGAGAGGGCUAUGAUAUAGUGGGUCAUCAUAGCGACCAAGGCUAUGGACAAUACUGCCACAGCCUUCCAGGAACAGGAAAUGGUAAUCUGCAUUUAGACCUUGACUCUAUGAAGACCCAUGAGCUUCCCUCCACUGUGAAUACUGACCAGCUUGGCCUCAUCCAAUCCCAAACCUCCACUAUGGGAUUGAGUUCAGUAGUUCAAAGGGAUGGCUCAGUCAACAAGAUAAUAGGAGCUGUGGGAGUUGGUGGAAAUUCAAACACUACUGGUCUGACCUCACCUAUCUUCUGUUCCUCUCGACCCAAAAAACUGCUGAAGACCAGCUCAUUUCACUUGCUCAAACAGCGGCGUGAGCCACAACCUCAAACAAAGAAAAACUAUGCGCAAGAGUAUGAAUUUGAGGAUGAUGAGGAUAAAGCUGAUGUUCCAGCUGACAUCCGUCUCAACAGCCGGCGCCUUCCUGACCUGCUCCCUGACUUGGUGUCUAGUUGUAGAAAGGCUGGUGGGGCAUUAGUAAGCGGGCUUAGUCCUCUGAUGGGUGACAUGGACUUCUGCCACCCCUCCAACUACUCUUCCCUUGGACACCCUCCUCAACCCCCUCCCCAUGAUGGCCCUAAGAAAAGAGGCAGGAAACCAACUAAACCAAAACGUGAAGGCCCUCCUCGCCCACGAGGUAGACCACGCAUACGUCCUCUUCCAGAGCCUCCUUACUGCAGGGGGCUGAUGGGAUCAGUUACUGGAGAAAGUAGGAGGGGUCGAGGGCGGGGUCGAGGGCGAGGCAGAAGGGAGGAAGGGCUUGUGGAAAUGCAUCAAGAUAUUAACAAAGCACAAAGCCUCCCAUAUCAUCAUCAACAACAGCAUCAACAGCAACAGUUCAGCCAACAGCAGCAUCUCCAGCAGCAUCCACACCCACACCAAGCACCACAACAACCGCAACAACAGCAACAGCAGCAUCACCUGCAUCAUCCUCAGCAGCAUGUUUCCUGUUCGCAUCACCAACCUCAUCAUCAACAGCGGCAACAUCAACAGCAUCAUCCUCACCACCAACAACAACCACCCCAGCAGCAGCAGCAAGAUCCAAUUAGAACCAUCAAGAUCAAGCUUCCCGUUCCCACAAUGCUUCCAUCAGAAUCCUUGUUGAGGACAGACUCACUAUCCAGCACUGAGCCAGUUCUGUCUGAUGGAUCAGUGGGGUCAGCACCAUCUCUGGGCCUGAGUCCUGGACCCAGCACCACCAUGGACAUGAGCAGAAGUGAGCUGAACCAGACUCAAGACAAGAUGUUGAAGCAUCAGCAGAAAUCUGAAGAGCCCACAGGAGCCGCCACUGAGCCCCCCUCUCCCUGCCAUGCCUCCCCUCAUCCCCAGUAUGGAAAAUGGAAAAGACGAGGCGCUCACAUACACUCAGCAUCACAUACAGGACAAGGAAGAACAAAAAUUGGCCUCUCCACAGUCGAAUGGAGAAAAAGCAGAGGACAGGGAGCUUGAGCAAGGAGGAGAAGAGGAGGAGGAGCAGGAGGAAGAGCAGGAGGAACAGAUGUCUGAAAUGCAGAUGUCGGAGGUUCCUAAGGUUGAAGAUUCUCCAUCAGGACCUGUGCUUGCUCUUGCUCUUGCACGUCCAUCCCCAUCACCAUCCAUCUCUCCCUCGCCACCCACCUACUCUUCACCCUCGCCCCUCCCUCCCCUGUGUCUCUCCGUACCCUCCCCAAUGCAGAUCCAGCAGGAUGAGGAAGAGGAGAAUAAAACUUAUCCUCCUUCUGAGCAGCAUCAGCCCUCUUUCCAACCAGCUCCAACUGCAGGCACCUCCCCACCCCCCUCCCCCUCCCCUCCGGCCAUCAUGUCCUCACCCCUUUCCAACCUUCCCCUGGCCCAGUCCAUCCCUCCUCCAUCCACCACACCACCCCCAUCAUCCUCCGAUCAGGACCAGGAUCCUGAAGCCGGGCAGCCUUCCCCCUCCUCUUCCUCACCCUCUUCAUCGUCUUCUCCGCCCCCAUCACCUCCAACCCCAGAAGAGACCCCAGCAUCCCAGCGUCUUACCUCACUCCACCUGGCAAAGAAGCAGGCCGAUGCCGCCAUAGCUGGUGAGAGUGAAGAAGAGGACAGUGAGAGUGGAGGCGAGGGGAUCUUUCGGGAACGAGAUGAGUUUGUUGUCCGAACUGAGGACAUCGGGACUCUUAAGAUGGCCUUGCAGACAGGCCGAGAGCCCCCACCCAUCUGGAGGGUGCAGAAAGCUCUGCUCCAGAAAUUCAGCCCAGAGAUCAAAGAUGGUCAGAGGCAGUUCUGUGCAACUAGUAAUUAUCUGGGUUACUUUGGUGAUGCUAAAAUGCGCUACCAGCGCUUGUAUGUGAAGUUCUUGGAGAACGUCAACAAAAAAGAUUAUGUGAGAGUGUGUUCUCGAAAGCCGUGGCAUCGAGCCGGCCUGACACUCAGGCGCCAGGCAUUGCCGAAACAGUUGCCCUCCAUUCACAAUCAAACCCCACCUCGAGUGGAGAGAGACGACAGAGAGAGACAGAAAGAGAGAGAGCUCAGGGAGAAAGUAGAAAAGGAGCAUAAGGAGAGAGAGAGGAGAGAGAAAGAGGAGAGAGAGCAAAAAGAAAAGGUGAAACGGGAGUGGGAGCAGAAGGAGAGGGACAGGAAAGAAAUGGAAAAGGUGGAUAGUGAAAAAGAGGACAGUGUGCGAAAGGAGAGGGAGUGCAGAGAAAAAGAGACAGAAAUGGAAUGGGAGAAUGACAGGGAGAGUGAACGAGGGGAGAAGGAGCAGAAAGAGAGGGAUAAAAGAGAGAGAGAGCAAAAGGACAGGGAGAGAAGGGAAUAUGAGCGAGAGCAAAAAGAGAGAGAGAUGAAAGAGAGGGAUAGAAGGAACAGGGAGCAGAAAGAAAGGGAUAAACAGGAAAGAGAACGGAAAGAACGGGAGAGACAGGAGAGGGAGUGGAAAGAAAGAGAAAGACAGGAGAGAGAACAAAAAGAGAGAGAGAGACAGACGAGGGAGAGACAGGAGAGAGAAAAGGAGAGGGAAAAGGAAAAAGAAAGGGAGCAGAGAGAAAAGGAGGGAAAAGAGGAGACAGAGAAACAAAGGGAUCAGGAAAAAGAGAAAAGGGAGAGAGAGUUGCGAGAGAGGAGAGAUGGCACAGUGGAGUUUGCAAGAUUAAAGGAAGAGAAGAAAGAAGGAGAGAAGAAGAUGGAGCGUCAGUCCAGAGCCAAGACUUCAAAGGACAAUGCAGAGCCUCCUCCCAAGAAGAGGAAGAAGUGGCUGAAGGAGGUGCCAUCCUCCUCCUCUCAGUCUGACUCCCCACCCAGUGAUGACGAAGGGCCUGUGCGGGGUGGAGUUAACAGCCGAGCCAUGAGGGAGAUGUUCAGGAGCUAUGUGGAGAUGCUGGUUAGCACAGCACUGGACCCUGAUAUGAUCCAAGCACUGGAGGACACUGAUGAUGAGUUGUACCUCCCACCCAUGAGAAAAAUUGAUAGCCUGCUCAGUGAACAGAAGAAGAGGUUGUUGAGGAGAGUCAACAUGAGUGCUCAGCACCAGGAUGCUUUACAUAUAUUCCCUAAAAUGACAGCAGACCCGCUGGAAUCUGGGGCUGUCAAAGUUCACCUUGGUGGGGAGGGUUACAAUCGCAAAACCCUCAACCGGGUGAAAAGGAGUAUUCCUAAGCAACAGGAUCUGAAGCUCUCAAUUGAAACUUGUCGGAUCUACAGUCUGUAUCAUUCCCUUCACCACUACAAGUACCACACCUUCCUGCAUUGCAAGAAAGAGACGGACAGUAUCGAGCAGGCAGCGGAGGACCCCGGCCAGGAGGAGGUGGUGCAGCAGUGCAUGGCUAACCAGGGCUGGCUGGAGAGCCUCUUUAACUCCUUCAUGGAACUGCUUAGUCUCAGCACCAAGGCCUGAAGGAGGACUGCAUCACUGGGCCACCAAACUCAUACAUCCACCUGCAGUGUUAGGUAGAUGAAGGCAUCCAGAGUUUGUGAAACAAAAGAAUCACGCUACUGAAACUGUACGGAUGCUCGUAGUGCGUUGAUCGAGAGUGAGAACAGCCACUGUUGGGUUGUUUGUGGGGAGGUUUAACUUUUAAAAUAUUUGUUUUAUUAUUAAGUAAAGUACCUCUUGAUUUUAAGAAACCUAUUGAAAAAUAGAAGCUAGUGAACUAUGUGAAUGUGAUGAAUUUUCCUCAAAAGUCAAAGAAAGGGACCACAAGAUAAUUUGGUCAACACUACAAAAGAGAUUUUUGUCAAGACCUAAAGAGUAUUGAAAGACGCACACAAGCUGUCUAUAAGUAUGUAAUGACAACUAUGAUUUGUAUUAUUUAUACGAGGACAUUUCUAAAAAUGACUGUCCUAAAAUGGGAUUGUUUGCUGUUUUUAUUUUUGAAAAAUGUUUUAAAGGGGUAUACAUAAAAUGGCCCUCUUGCAGUUUUUUGCUUCUAUCAGACCGACGGAGAUAAAACUAGAGUUGAGCGAGACAAAAGAAGGUUUAAAAGGACUAUGUGAUAGUCUACCUGUCUCAGUUAAACAGCAGUUGAGACUGAAGGGAAAAGUAUUUAAAACUAAGCUGUGUUCUUUCUGUUUGUGUCAAAAGACAAUUAGAGAGAGGAUUUAAUGCCUGUAAAGAUUAGGCACAAAAAAUAAAGCACGACUUUCAUGAAGGAAGUUUAAGGUGAAAUGAUCCAAAAGCAUAAAUGUCAGUGUUUAAUGUUAGUCAUUUCUAUCUGUUUGUUGUUGAUGGAUAUUUCCUAUUAUUUGACCUCUCAGAGGAUAUUCUUGCAGAGCAAUUUUGUUGUUGAUGAUGUGUAAAUAUUGUACAGCUAUUUCAUUCUCUAGUUCCCAGUUGCUCUUCUGUACAUGAAAUUCCUGUAUUUGACAUAAUGAAAUAAAACUGUUCAAAUGAUA